AUGAGGGGCUACUUGUUCCUGCUGCCCAUCUUCCUGGCCAUCUGGUCUAUUGUGGGCGUCUGGACUGUCUUCGGCCUGGCGGUGGUCAACGAGGCGGUCAACAUCUCCCAGGUCUUCCCCUACAUCAGUAACUGCGGGGCCGAGCCCCCCCAGAGCUGCGUCUUCAGCCAGGUGCUCAACGUGGGAGCUGCCACCGUCGCCAGCAUCUGCAUUCUCCGUUACUACCAGCUUCAGGAUUGGGGGCUCAGGAAGCGGCCGAACCAGGCGAUCUUGUGCAGCGGGCUCCUCUGCGCCCUGGGCACUUCCAUCGUGGGGAAUUUCCAGCAUCAGCACCAGCGGCCCACACACCUGACGGGCGCCUUCAUGGCUUUCUUCGUCGGCGUCUCCUACUUCUGGCUGCAGCUCCUCUUUCUCCGGGGGCUGAAGACGGAGCCCCGGCUGGGCGCGCCCUGGCUCCAACCCCUGCGUCUGGGCCUCUGCAGCGUCGGCUCCGUCCUCAUGGUGGCCAUGGUGGUCCUGCACGUCCGGGGGCUGCGCUCGGCGGGCGCGGGCUGCGAGUGGGCGGCGGCCACGAUCCUCUUCGCGCUCUUCGGCCUCCUGGCGGUGGACUUCUCGGACCUGCAGCGCUGCACCCUGCAGCUGCUGCCCCGCUCCGGCGCCUGCCCCGGGCCCUGCGCCCCGAGCUCCCUGCAGCAGCUGCCUCCGCCCGAAGCCUUCUGA